UCGCGCUGCUAUGCCGACUCGUUACUCCAUGGUAGGUUUCUUCUACUUCCCCUUUCCACUGAUUGCGUUGCCUGUUGCCCUUUCUCCCUCACACCGCCCCUCUUCUCCCUUACAAUUGGCUCGCAUGAGCAACUACACGCUGCGGCCUUCAAGUCCUGGUGUGCGGCUUUGCUCUUGAGUUCCGUUUGUCGGGUAGGCGUCUCACAUUAGCCUUCACCUUGACUCUUUCCUUGCUUCGCCACACUGCGAACCCUCUAUUGCCGCCUAUCCCACUUCCUCACCUCAACACCAUCGCAACCUUCAACGCCCCAAUCACUUCCCAAAUUCUCAGACAACCCACCGCCACAAUGGAGGCAUACCCUAAGCCUCGCCACCAGUACAUCUACACCCCUCGCUACGGACAACGCGGCAUCCUUAGCUACGCGGGACAAGCUCCCAAUGGUGCCGCACCCACCGGUAUAAUUGGCGGCGCCUAUGCCUACGGAUUUGGCUACCCAGCAGCAGCCGCUUGUCAACCUGUGGUAUACAACACUCGCCCCUUCUACGGCCCCACCUACCUCUACCCCUACUACAACCCUGGUUACACCUACUAUAACUCCUACCCUUACGGCUCGCUAUACCCCCUUGCUAACUUCUACUUCUCCUACCAGCGGUCCUACUACAACACCGUGCCCACCUACGGCUACACGGCGCACGUCUAUCCCCCCGGCCAUGCUACAACGACAACAACUACCUACCACGUAACCAACGCCCAAGCCCCGCUGUAUGCAUCACCCACCGCCCAACUCCUGCGCGAAACCCGACCAGCAUACGCGCACGGCCACGCUUACACGCCGCAAGCCCCAACCCGUGAGGAGAUCCAGCUCGAGAAUCGCCGCAUCGCGACGCAACGUGGUGCGUAUGAUGCGCGCAAGAUUCGGCCGGCGGAUGCGCGCGAUGACGACCCGUUUUGGUGCCGCGAGGUGAAUGGCGAGUGGCAUUUGCGGUCGUAUUAUCAGAUUGAGAAUGAGUGUCAUCCUGGGCGGUGGAUGAUGGAUGCUGAGAUUGGGUUUUUGGUGUUUCAUCGGGCGUAGAUGAGGGCCAGUGAGUGUGGUGUGGAGGUAUUGGAGGCGGGGGGAAGUCAGAUCAUGUGGAGUGGAGAUGAGGAGCGAUGAGGGAUGUUCAUGUUCUAUCUUUUGAUUUAUGGGAUACCCCUUUUUUUUCUUUUGGGUUCAGUUGAGUCUAUGAGAAUGACUUUGCAUGUUGGCGUUUGGAAUCAUAUCACCUUUUCAGGCAGGUCUGUAUUCGACAGGAUACAGUCUGAUUGCCCUGUCGACCAUGAUGCGGUAAUGGAGUGAGGAGAUGUACAAGAUUCCAUGGCAAAUACAAUGACAAAUUCAAUCAAACUUAGUACCAAA